AUGAAAAAAAAAAAAAAAUAUGGUCAAAUAGGAUUAGGGAGACUGAUUGAGAUCACAAAAUUUCUUGGCAGCCAGAAUUUAGCCUUUCGAGGCUCAUCUGAUGUGCUGUACCAAAAAGACAACGGACAUUUUUUUAAAUUAGUGGAAUUGUUUGCAAAAUUCGACCCUGUUAUGGAAUUUCACAUAGACAGAGUAUUACGACCUAGAGGUAGCAACAGCAAAGUUCAUUAUCUAAGCAAAGAUACUCAAAAUGAAAUGCUGCAAAUUAUUGGCAGUAGUAUAAGAGAGAAAAUCUUACUAUCUCUUCGAAAAGCCAAGUAUUAUUUUAUAAUUUUAGAUUGUACUCCCGAUAUUAGCAAAACUGAACAGAUGAGUGUCGUCAUACGUUUUGUUCUCUGCAGUGAUAGAGUGGGAGAAAUCAAGGAGCAUUUUUUAGGAUUUAUAAAAGUUGAUGAUUCUACAGGUAACGGGCUAUAUGAGACAGUAAUGGAAAUGUUGAAAAUGUGGAACAUUCCCCUUGAUGAUAUAAGAGGCCAGGGGUAUGACAACGGCGCAAAUAUGAAAGGGAAAGAAAAAUGGUCUUCAAAAUAG